CACACUUACCACUUGAACAUGUUUAAAAUGAACGGAUUUGUGUAUGUCUUAUAUUUGAUAUUCACUGGAAUAUUAGUUGGGGCUACUAGGGAUGAUUUACAUAUUAAGAAUGAAGAAAAAGAAAUUAUGAGAAAGCUAGACCAUCUAACAGCAGUAGUUAAACAGGUGAUUGAAGAAAAUAAACAGCUUAGAUCAACUGUUAAUGAGAUAGAAUUGGAAAACAAGCGAUUGUCGAAUGGUUAUCGUAAAAUUGUAGACACCAAUAACGAACUACGAGCAGAAAUGCACACUAUUAAAGGUUGUUGUUCACAUGAGCAACAACGUAAUAAUUCCUUAACCAGAUUUAAGCGGCUUUUGUUAAAUAAUGUAACCAGCAACAAACCUUAA